UUAAAAGUUAAAAGCCAUUUCAUUCACUUCCCUUUGUGGGAAAAUCAAAAUCCCAUAUCUGAAGAAAUUGAGUCAGAGAGACACAAACAGAUGUUAAGAAAUUGAAACCAAACCAAACCAUGGCAGGAGGAAGCAGGAACAUGAGCAUUCUGACAUCUCGUACAAGCUCUCGGUCGGUGACGGAGACGGUGAACGGUUCUCACAAGUUCGUGAUCAAGGGUUACUCUCUGGCGAAGGGUAUGGGAGUUGGCAAGCACAUCGCCAGCGAAACUUUCACCGUCGGAGGGUACCAGUGGGCAAUCUACUUCUACCCCGACGGCAAGAACCCCGAGGACAAUUCCGCCUAUGUCUCCGUCUUCAUCGCGCUCGCCUCCGAGGGUACCGAUGUUCGCGCUCUUUUCGAGCUCACCUUGCUCGAUCAGAGCCCCAAUGCUAAGCAUAAGGUCCAUAGCCACUUCGAUCGCUCGCUCGAGAGCGGUCCCUAUACUCUCAAGUACCGUGGGAGCAUGUGGGGGUACAAGCGUUUUUUCAAACGGGCUCAGCUUGAGGCAUCAACCUUCCUGAAGGAUGACUGCUUGAAGAUAAACUGCACUGUUGGUGUUGUGGUGUCAUCCAUAGAUUGUUCAAAGUUGAACAUUAUACAGGUUCCUGACUCUGAUGCUGGAGAGCAUUAUGGUAUGCUGUUGGAGAGCGAGGAAGGAUCUGAUGUUACUUUCUGUGUUGGCGGAGAAAGGUUUCGUGCACAUAAGCUUGUUUUGGCUACCCGGUCAUCUGCGUUUGAAACUGAGUUUUUCAAUGGGAUGGAGGAAGAUGAUCGUGACAUAGUCAUUGAUGACAUGGAACCUAAGGUUUUCAAGGCGUUGCUUCAUUUUAUUUAUAGAGACUCUCUUAUAGAAGAUGAAGAGCUCUUUAUGUCGCGUUCAUCAUUCUGGCCUUCAGUAUCUGAAACAUUUGCAGCAAAAUUGUUAGCUGCUGCAGAAAAGUAUGGUUUGCCAAGACUUAAGCUGAUGUGUGAGUCUGUAAUUUGCAAAGACAUAUCAAUAGAUUCUGUUGCCUAUAUUCUGGCUCUUGCUGAUCGUCAUCAUGCUACAGAACUGAAGUCCAUCUGUCUACAAUUUUCUGCUGAAAACCUUGUUGCUGUGAUGCAAUCAGAUGGUUUUGAGUAUCUCAAGGAAAACUGUCCAUUACUGCAAUCGGAACUGCUUAAAACGGUGGCUGGAUGCGAGGAGGAAUCGAGUGGAGAAGGAAAAUGUAGAAGCGUGUGGGCCCAAUUUUCUGAUGGUGGUGACACCAAUGAUCGUAGUGUGAGACAACAAACCUGGGAAAAUGGAGCUGAAAGAAGUCAAAGCUUAUGGGUUAACCUUUCUGAUGGUGUUAACAACAAUGAUAGGAGUCCAGAGCAAGAAGCUUGAUGAGGUAAACUUCCAUCUCUUGUCAGUUAGCCUCAAAUGGUAGAUUAAAGGUACUGCAGGGUCAAGAAUAACCUCCAUUCUUUGGGUGGGCAAAGGAUGGAUGCAUGUAAAAACAAUAUAAAAAAACCAGGCUGGAUACUGCCACCAUUGUAACAUGUCUCAUAAAUGCUAUUGUUUUCUUUGAUUGAUAAUAUGAUUACAAGGAUGAAGUGGUACUUAUAUGUCCAUUGAUCCUUGUAUGAAAACUUUUGGGGAAUCUUAUCCUGAAGAACCGGUCAUGCUUUGCUUGAUGGAUGUGUUUUGUGAAGACAAUUUAUUUUCAGGCUGCAAAAGAUUAUUUAGUAGUCAAUACACAAUAGACAGUAUUGUCUGAGACUUGUCUUGUUUCCUCAUAGUCCCAGACUCCCAGUUCAGUUAAAAAAUGAUGAGAAUCAUGAACCGACCGAUUUAUGCAGGGAUUUGUUGGGACAAGUUAACGGGUUAUUGGCACAAGACCAGCCUGCAGUUCUUCGCUUCGCUUUUUUUAUUUUAUUUCUGUGGACAUUAUUCCUUUUUCCGUCUUCCGAAGAGGAUGGGGAGGAAUGAGCUAUGUCGUACAACCAACCACCAGUGAGGAAGAAGCCCUUGCUGGUAGCUUGUUCAUUUUGUAACAUUAGUCAUGUAUCUUUUAAUAUUAAUGAAUGUUAGCAUUAGUUGGCAAAAUGAGAUGAAGUGGCUAAACAAUCUAGUUCACCGUUGAUUGUAAUGAGAUCUUUCUUUCUGCUCUAUUUCUUUUUCUUUUUUAGGGUUAGGGGGGCCUUUCUUACCUGGCUGUUGACCACAGGACAAUAUUUCAUGCUUGUUUACUAUAACUAUGGAAAUCUUCAUCCUUGUUGAUUUAGGAAACACCUAUUGCUUC